AUGUCCUUCCAGAACAUCAUCCGCCUCUCCCUUGACAACCCUGCCCACGCCGUGUGUGUGCUGGGCUCGGAAAUCUACGUGGAUGUCAGUGGGUGUGCCCCGCAAAUGUGCGAGUGCUUCACCAUCCGCGGCUCCGGGAGGGUCUUGAUCGACAUCGCCGACACGAUGAUCACUGACAAGGAGGACGCCACCAUCUGGUGGCCCCUGACUGAGCCCACAUACGCGAUCGUCAAGAUGACAUCGCCUAGCUUCAUGGUGGACGGGGACAAGGUCUUGGUCACGUACUAUGGUACUGACGAGGAGAUGUCCCUGGGCACAGCUGUGCUGUUCCUCACGGGCAUCGAGGUCUCCCUGGAGGUGGACAUCUACCGCAAUGGACAAGUCGGGUUGCCGAGUGACAGGAAGGCAAAGAAAAAAUGGACCUGGGGUCCCAAUGGCUGGGGUGCCAUCCUGCUCGUGAACUGCAGUUCUGCUGACACAGGCCAGCCCGAGGUCAGGGACAAGGACGAGAAGACCAAGACGGUGCUCCUCUCUGAGGAAAUAAAGAAUCUGUCACAGAUGACCCUGAACGUCCAAGGCCCCAGCUACACCUUAAAGAAAUACCAGCUGGUCCUCCACACCUCCGAGGAAGAGUCGAAGAAGGCCAGAGUCUACUGGCCCCAAAAAGACAGCUCUCAUACCUUCGAGCUGGUGCUGGGGCCUGGCCAGCACACCUACACCUUGGCGCUCCUGGGGAACCAGUUGAAGGAGACCCUCUACGUGGAAGCCACGGAGUUCCCGUCCGCCAGCUUCUCAGGCCUGAUCUCCUACUCUGCCUCCCUGGUGGAAGAGUCUCAAGACCCGGCGAUCCCGGAGACCCCGGUGUACAAAGACACGGUAGUGUUCCGCGUGGCUCCGUGCAUCUUUCUUCCCAGCACCCAGAUGCCGCUGGAGGUUUACCUGUGCAGAGAGCUGCAGCUCCAGGGUUUUGUGGAAACGGUGACGGAGCUGAGCGAGAAGAGUAACUUCCAGGUGGCAACUGUCUAUGAGGACCCCAACCGCAUGGGCAGGUGGCUCCAGGAUGAGAUGGCCUUCUGCUACACCCAGGCGCCCCACAAGACGAUAUCCUUUGUCCUCGAUACCCCUCGGGCCAUCUCACUUGAAGAGAUCUCCAUGAAAUACUCACUGAGCCCUGGUGUCGGCUACAUGAUCCAGCACACCAAGGACCAAAGAGUGGCCAGCAUGGAUUCCAUUGGGAACCUGAUGGUGUCCCCGCCUGUCAAGGUCCAGGGGAAGGAAUACCCCCUAGGCAGGGUCCUCAUCGGCAGCAGCUUCUAUCCCAGUACAGAGGGCCGGGCCAUGAGUGACACCCUCCGAGACUUCCUCUAUGCCCAGCAGGUCCAGGCCCCGGUGGAAGUCUACUCAGACUGGCUAAUGACGGGCCACAUGGAUGAGUUCAUGUGCUUCGUUCCCAUAGAUGACAAGAGUGACAGCAAAAAGAGCUUCCAGCUGCUCCUGGCCAGCCCCAGCGCCUGCUAUAAACUUUUCCAGGAGAGACAGAAGCAAGGCUACGGCAACGCGCUUCUGUUUGACGAGGUUAGAGGGGAUCAGCUCCUUUCUAAUGGAAGGGAAGCCAAGACCAUCGAUCAGUUUCUUGCUGAUGAAAACCUGAGAAAGCAGAAUGAAUACGCGGAGAAGUGCAUUCUCCUGAACCGUGACAUCCUGAAGACGGAGCUGGGCCUGGUGGAGAAGGACAUCAUCGACAUACCUCAGCUCUUCUGCUUAGCGCGGCUGACCAACGUCCCCUCCGACCAGCAGACCCAGAGGCCCUUCGUGAGGCCGUACUUCCCUGACCUGCUGCAGAUGAUUGUGAUAGGCAAGACCCUGGGGAUCCCCAAGCCUUUUGGGCCCCAAAUCAAGGGUACCUGCUGCCUGGAAGAAAGGGUCUGCCAAUUGCUGGAGCCCCUGGGCUUCAAUUGCACCUUCAUUGACGACUUUGACUGCUACCUGACCGAGGUUGGGGACCUGUGUGCCUGUGCCAACAUCCGCCGGGUGCCCUUCGCCUUCAAGUGGUGGAAGAUGGUGCCUUAG